GAUGUUGUGCGAGUUGCAUCGAGAACACGGCCGUUUUUUUCUCCUUCUUUCUUAUGUUCAUAACGCUUCCAUUUUCGCUUCUCUUCUGCUUCAGCCUUGUCAAGGAAUAUCAACGAGCUGUCAUUUUUCGGUUGGGUCGUUUGAGAUCCGGAGAGGCUCGUGGGCCAGGUAUUUUCUUCAUUUUGCCAUGUAUUGAUGAAAUUCGCAUUAUCGAUCUGCGAACCGUAACCUGUAUGGUGGAUCCUCAAGAAAUUCUAACUAAAGACAGUGUAACAGUGUCGGUAGACGCUGUAGUUUAUCAUCGUGUAGAAAACCCAAUGUUCGCUGUCAUUCGAGUGUCCAAUUAUUUGAAAUCAACGCAACUUUUGGCAGCAUCAACUUUGCGCAAUGUCCUUGGAACGAAAGAACUAUCGGAGCUUUUAUCCGAUCGUGAAAGCGUGGCGAAGGUAAUGCAAGACAUACUCGAUGAAGCAACCAACGUGUGGGGCAUAAUGGUCGAAAGAGUCGAAAUAAAAGAUGUGAGACUGCCGCAUCAGUUGCAAAGAGCAAUGGCCGCUGAAGCCGAAGCGGCUCGUGAGGCACGCGCAAAGAUAAUUGCAGCGGAAGGUGAAAAGAAAUCGGCACACGCACUAAAAGAGGCGUCCGAUGUAAUUUCCAAAUCAUCCGCUGCUUUACAACUUCGAUACCUACAAACCUUGAACAGCAUCGCCUCCGAGCAUAACUCAACCAUUAUUUUCCCGAUUCCAAUGGAAAUGAUGCGAGGCAUAUUUGGCAGUGGAAGCCAAAAGUAGACAAACGAAUGUUACAUUUAAAGAUAAAAGCAAUCCCCAUAUGCAUA